CGAGGAGGGGGUUUUCGGUGGGAGAGAGGGAGGGGACUCGGCUCGGUUCGAAGAAGCUGCCUCACCUGCCGCCUGCCUUCCCAGCGGAGCAUCCCCGGAGUGUCCGGAGCCAUGGGCUCGGAUGCGGCCCCAUCUUGGCUGGAGACCCACCGGGCUCGGCCCUUGCACUUGGCCUUGACGUUCGCCCUCGCGCUGCUGCUGCUGCAGGUAGUCAAGCUCUACCUCCGGCGCCAGGGACUGCUGAGAGCCCUGCGCCUCUUCCCGGGACCCCCCACUCACUGGCUCUUGGGAAACCAGAGGGAGUUUUACCUGGAAAAAGAACUACAACAGUUUGAUAUGUUGGUAGAAAAAUAUCCCUGUGCUUUCCCUCGCUGGGUUGGGGCCUUUCAGGUGCUUUUAAAUAUCUAUGACCCAGAGUAUGUGAAAAUUCUUCUGAACCGAAGAGAUCCCAAAAUACAGCUUGGGUACAAGUUUAUUGUUCCCUGGGUUGGAAAAGGACUUCUGAGUCUAGAGGGAAAGAAGUGGUACCAGCAUCGCCACCUGCUGACGCCUGCCUUCCACUUCAGCAUUCUGAAGCCCUACAUCCAUGUGAUCAAUGAUUCUGUCUGCAGGAUGCUGGACGCAUGGGGGAAGCUCAGUACCCAGGACAGUUCCGUGGAGAUUUGUGAGCCCAUCCGCUUGAUGACCUUGGACAGCAUCAUGAAAUGUGCCUUCAAUGUCCAGACCAGCUCCCAAACAGAAAGCUUCUCUAUCAACUACCUCUCAACUGUGACCAAACUCUCAGAACUCAUCUUCCACCGCCUGCACAGCUACCUCCAUCACAAUGACUUGAUUUACAGGUGGAGCUCUCAAGGGCAAGAAUUCCAGGCUCUCUGCCAAAUAGCACAUCAGUACGCAGCCAAAAUCAUCCAAGAAAGGAGGGAAGCUCUCAAGAAUGAUAGUGAACAGGACAAAAUCCGAAAGAAGAAGUACCUGGAUUUUCUGGAUGUUCUUCUCUGUGCCAAAAGUGAAAUUGGAGAAGGCUUAUCAGACGAAGAACUGGAGGCCGAACUUAACACAUUUGUGUUUGGUGGCCAUGACACCACCGCCUCCAGCCUCUCCUGGCUCUUCUACUGUAUGGCUAUGAACCCUGAUCACCAACAUCAGUGCCGAGAGGAGAUCAGAGAUAUCUUAAAAUCUGGGGACACCAUUACCUGGGACCACCUGGAUCAAAUGCCCUACAGCACCAUGUGCAUCAAGGAGGCCCUCCGCCUGUACCCACCUGAAAUCACCAUAGCCAGGGAGCUUAGCAAGCCUAUCACUUUCCCAGAUGGACGUUCCUUACCCACAGGCAUGAUAGUGGUCCUGAACAUCUGGGCUCUCCACCACAAUCCUGCUGUCUGGGAAAACCCACAGGUCUUUGACCCCCAAAGGUUCUCCCAAGAGAAUUCCAUGAAGAGACACUCCUAUGCUUUUUUACCUUUCUCAGCUGGACCUAGCUCCUUAGCUCUCUUAGUUCCAUCUCCUGACUUGGGUUUUCGCUGGUUGGAUGAAGUUAUGACUUAACUGGUUGGUUAGGGAAUUACAGCCAACACACGGAGGUAAUGGAAUAUGAAAUUUAAGGAAUAGUUCAUCAUACAGUUGAUCUGGAACACAGACUGUUUGAAAAUGAGCAAUAUGAAAUAAAAGGUUGGAAUCAUACUGGAAGGCUUUCAAUGUCCGGGUAAGGGAUGUGUAUCUUAUCAUCAAAACACUAAGCAGAGACUGAAGGUAUUUAAGCCUAAGAGUGUCAUGGGAGCUUCUCAAAGACAACUAUUUGGUUCACUUGUCACAACCUACAGAGCUAGCCUUAGUCAUCCACCUUGAAAUUAUCUGUGGGAACUGGUCACAAGGAGAACUCAGAAAGCAUAGAAAUAGAACAGUGAGACCCGUCACUACUCAAAGAAAAAAUGAUUCAGAGAGCACAUUCUAGGGUUGAUGAGUGAGGAGGUCAACUAGAUAGAUAAAGCCUCUGUAGGAGCCAUAACCACUAAUCAGGGAUGGCGUCAGGAGAGCCAUAAGGAGUCAAAGAAAGAACAAUGGAUUUGAGUCAGAGGAUCUUAGCUGUAUCCCUGAUAUUAAGUGGGACAUCAAAUGAGUCAUUGACACUUAUAGAAUAGAACUAAUGAUGAGGCUUUAAAGAGGUUACAACUUAUUUACAACAAAUAGGGCAAAAGAUAGGGAAUAUAAUGGCAGUGUAUAAUAAGAAGUUAUAUUGCUGUGGUGGAUUUUAGAAAGCAAAGGGGGCAACAGAAUGGGGAGCAUUGGGGAGAAAACCAACAAGAUUGGAGCAUGUGUCACAUACCACCAAGACAUAGAGAGAAAAUCCAUGUGGAGUUCAGGAAAUGGGUUAUAAGAUUGUCAUGGUGGCCUGGGACAAUAGUGAUAGGAAAUGGCCUUUGCUAGACACCGAAAGUCCCUCCUUGCCCAAAGCAGAAUAGAUCACA